GCAGUAGUGUCCAUGCGCCGCUGGGCGAGACUGCGCUGUGGUUGUGUGCAGAGUUCCCAUUCUCCCAACAGAGAGGGAGGAGAGACUGCGAACGGGAGAAAGGCCGCCAUUACUGGGAAGCUGGGGGAAAAAUACAUUUACACUCUCGCAUACACGCAUACAUACACACACAUUCUCUCACGCACAUCGGUUUGCAAACGGCGUGUCCGAGGGAGUAAAACUAACUAAUAUGGAGCUGUCGGGAGGAGUCGCAUUGUCGAGCCAUAUGCUGUGAAAGCAACUUAAACGUGGCUCGGCAAGGGAACAGGCAUGUCCAAAGUGUUUUUGGAGCGCAACAAAGGAAAUAAUAAUUGGUCAAAAAACAACGUGGUGAGCCCAGAGGAAGACGCAGCGACACAAACCUCUGAUUUUUGUUCCUUCUACGCCCCCUCCUUUCAAACAAGAAAAUCCAGUGGACCACAUACCGACAUCUAGGAUUGUUUUUUCGCCGGUCGAAGCCUGUAUUUCUCCCUUUUAGCAUUGGGGUGGAAGAGAGCAAGAACCAAGAAACUGGGAAACAAACUUUACGCGACUGAAAUGGAAGCGUAAUUUGGAUAGGAACACUGUUUACGCAUCAGCAAAAGAAAGGGAACUAACUAAGCCAUUCUAAAGACCUUUUGUCGAACUGCUAUCUAUCUUGGCUUUAUUCUAUUUUUCCUCCCAGCCGGCCCGGGGUUUGCUACUUCAGUGUCCAACAGAGACCAGCAGCGUACAAGAGGGAGAGUAAACCGGAGAGACGGAGGAAUGCUAUGAUCUGGACCAGACCUGCACCAGAUCAGGAUCAGAUUAAGACUGGACCAGAACCACGGAUGAGCCAGAUUACAGGUCAGAGCGGGAGUGGAUAAACUUAAGACCCCGUUCCACCACACUUCCUGGACCUACAGUGGAUGAGAUGGGUCAGAAUAGAGCGACAUUGUCCGCUUCCGCCUAAGCGCCUCCUACUGCCUUCCUCCCCCACCCUGCCCCCUCCAUACCCUCUUCCUCACCCUCUCACCCCCCCACCCCUUGCCCUCAGCCCCUUCCUUCAGCCCCCCCUCCCUCAACUGGAUUUUGGACUGGAUUUUGAGGCUACAGCCCUGUAGAUUGCAAGCAAAGCCUGGGCCAAACAGAAGGAAAAAUCAGCAUAGACUUUGCAAUUUUUCAUAGUUUUGUUUUUCUGUGAUUUUUUUUUUUUUUUUUCCUUUCUUGGGACAAAGACUGAAAGCACUUGUAUGGAACAUUGCAGUGUGCAAACUAGAGCUUCUGGGAAUGUCAGGAUGAGGGCCCUUAUACGAUGAUGAUGGCUAAAAAGCAAGAUCCCCGGACGCCCACCCACAAUCUGGUUGUGGUCGGUUUGUCCGGGACCGAGAAGGAGAAAGGGCAGUGUGGAGUCGGAAAGUCAUGUCUGUGCAAUCGCUUUGUCCGCCCCAGUGCCGAUGACUUCUACCUGGACCACACCUCUGUUCUCAGUACCAGCGACUUCGGGGGUCGCGUGGUGAACAAUGACCACUUCCUGUUUUGGGGCGAGGCCGGGCGCACAGUGGAGGACGGGUUUGAGUGCCGCAUGCAUGUCGUGGAGCAGACGGAAUUCAUCGAUGACCAAACGUUCCAGCCCCACCGCAGCACAGCCCUGCAACCCUACAUCAAGAGAGCCGCCUCCACCAAGCUGGCGUCGGCCGAGAAGCUGAUGUACUUCUGUACGGACCAGUUAGGCUUGGAGCAGGACUUUGAGCAGAAGCAGAUGCCAGAGGGCAAGCUGACUGUGGACGGCUUCCUGUUGUGUGUGGACGUGAGCCGGGGCAUGAACCGCAACUUCGACGACCAGAUGAAGUUCAUCACCAACCUCUACAACCAGCUGGCUAAAACCAAGAAGCCAGUAGUGCUGGUGCUGACGAAAUGUGAUGAGGGAGUUGAGCGCUACAUCAAGGACUCGCACACCUUCGCCUUGACAAAGAAGAACCUGCAAGUCGUUGAGACUUCUGCCCGCUCCAAUGUCAAUGUGGAACUUGCCUUCAUAACCCUUGUGCAGCUGAUUGAUAAAAGUCGCGGGAAGCCCAAGAUCAUCCCUUACUUUGAGGCUCUGAAGCAACAGAGCCAGCAAAUAGCUUCGGCCAAGGACCGCUAUGAGUGGCUGGUCAGUCGCAUUGUGAAGAAUCACAAUGAGACAUGGCCUAAUAUCAACCGACGAAUGCAGACGUUCAGUGAGUACAAAGAAUAUGUCUUCCUGGAAGGCACGUCCAAAGCCAAGAAGCUCUUCCAGCAACAUGUGCACAGACUGAAACAGGAACACAUUGAGAAGCGCCGCAGAAUCUACCUUAACACUCUGCCGCAGGCUUUGAGAACCCUGGUGGCAGACCUAGAUGAGAUUGACCACCUCAGCUGGUCAGGAGUCCAGAAGGUUUUAGAGACCAAGAGGGAGUUCUCCACGUGGUUUGUGGUGCUCGAUGACACGCCUUGGGAAACCACGCCGCACAUAGACAACAUGGAGGAUGAGCGUAUCCCUCAAGAUCUACUGGAGACUCCCGCAGCUGAAGGGGUCUAUGAGAAUCACUUGGGACAACUACGAGAUGAUCGGAAACGGGCCGAGAUGAGAUGGGAGUUCAAGGAGAAGCUGAGCAUUUCCCCUUUUGUAACUCCCGGGAAGCCGUGGGAAGAGGCUAGAAGCUUCAUCAUGAAUGAGGAAUUCUACCAGUGGCUCGAGGAGACCGAGUACCUUGACAUCUACAACAAGCACCAGAAGGAGAUAAUCGACCGUGCCAAAGAAGACUUCCAGGAGCUUCUGCUGGAGUACUCGGAGCUUUUCUAUGAGCUCGAGUUGGACGCCAAGCCCAGCAAGGAAAAAAUGGGUACAAUCCAGGAGGUCCUUGGAGAAGAACCAAGGUUCAAGGCACUGCAGAAGCUGCAGGCUGAGAGAGAUGCCCUUGUGCUGAAGCAUAUCCACUUCGUCUACCACCCCACAAAAGAUACUUGUCCUAAUAGUCCCAACUGUGUUGAUGGGAAGAUAGAACAAGUCCUGGCCUCUCGAUUCCCCACCCGCUACUCCUUUUCCGACGGGCAGAAGUCUCAGUAUGGCGAAGGCAAAGUAGAAAGGAUCAACUUGGUAAUCCUAGGCAAAGAUGGUCUGGCCAGGGAAAUGGCCAACGAGAUCAGGGCACUAUGCACCAACGACGACCGGUACGUGCUGGACGGGAGGAUGUACGAGCUGUCAUUACGGCCUAUCGAGGGCAACGUGCGUCUGCCUGUUAAUUCCUUCCACACGCCCACUUUCACACCACACGGAUGCCUCUGCCUCUACAACUCCAAGGAGUCCUUAUCGUAUGUGAUGGAGAGUAUUGAAAAGCUGCGGGAGUCCACAAUAAGCCGACGGGAGAACAGCUUGGCUCUGCUCCCCCUAUCCCUUCUCCUGGUGACCAAGCGAGGCGUGGGCUCGGUGGGGGACAUCGGAGGUGAGACGGCCCACAGCUUGAUCGUCCAGGGGCAGCAGGUCGCUGGCAGGCUGCAGUGCAGCUACCUGGAGCCAGCCUCCCCCGGCGCCGGCUACGGGCGCAACGUCAACGAGAAACAGAUCAACCUGUUCCUGAGGGACCUCAUGGAGUCCCGCAAGACCCCUAGCAGUUUGGGCAGUAGCUCACCCCCUCCUGUGCCCGCCUUCAGGGACCAGCAUGCCCCACAGAGCUCGGGCUCAGAUGCGGACCUGCGCAUCAUCAUGUGCCUGAUGUGUGGCGACUCCUACGACGUGGACCAGCUCCUCUCCCCCUUCCUGCUGCCCCAGCAUUGCAGGCCGUCGUCCAGCCUGAGCAGCGGCACCUCUGUACUGCUGGAGCUUCCAGUCGGUAGCCAAAAGCAGAGCAUAGACCUCUCCCUGCUCUCAUACCACUCUUCCUUCUCCCUGCGGAAGAGCCGGCUAGUUCACGGCUACAUCGCCGUGUACUCGGCCAAGAGGAAGGCGUCCAUGGAGACCCUGUGUGCGUUCCUUUGCGAAGUGCAGGACAUCAUUCCUGUGCAGCUGAUUGCCGUCGGGGAGAGCCAGGUGGAGCUAGCGGACUUCGACAUGGCCCGGGAGCAGGUAUCACAAGGUGAAGAGCUGGCUCACGAGCUCGAGGCCCGCUUUAGUACAGUGGUUUGUGGUCCCGGUGGGGUAGUCGGCGGCCUGCACCGAAUAGACCUCUUCCAGCCGUUCCUGAAGGAAGUGGUCGAGAAGAAGACUAUUGUGGAGGCCACACACAUGUACGACAAUGUGGCGGAAGCUUGCAGCACCAACGAGAGCGUCCAUUCGCCUCGCUGCGGCUCGCCAAGCCCCAUCACCACUCUGCUGGACUCGGAGGAUGAUGUGGACCCUUCGCCACCGUAUCCCGAUGGCACACUGACCUCUCACAUGGGUGGCUACAAGCCUCCCGACCUGGAGGUCAGUGACACCUUCUCGGUUAUCUCGGAGAUGUUCGAAAGCAAGAUCAACAACAAGGUGCCUCCGCAAGUGAGGCCCAAGCCCAUGGUCACAUUCGAUAUCCGCACGGGGAACCGGCGCUCUAUGCCUGCCGUAACGUGGGCGCCGGGCGGUGACACUGGCUACGACCCCUCUGACUACGCUGAGCCCAUGGACGCGGUGGCGAAGCCUCGCCCUACAGAGGAGGAGAACAUCUACUCUGUCCCGCACGACAGUACACAGGGCAAAAUCAUCACCAUCCGCAACGCCAACAAGAGCCACUCCAACGGCGGCGGGAACGGCUCCGACAGCGAGGCCGACAGCAGCUCGCUGGAGCGCCGGCGCAAGCUGUCGGCGGUUGGCGUGAAGCCGCGGCUGUACCGCGACCGCUCCAAACGGCUGGGCAAGUUUAGCACUUUCCGCACCAGCUUCUCUAUAGGCAGCGACGACGAGAUGGGCGGACCCCCCAAGAUCAAGGAGGAUGAGGUGGGGCCGCACAAAGGAGACAACUCACUGAACGAGGAAGGAGAGGACCCGAAGAAAAGGAACAUCCUGAAGAGCCUGCGUAGAACUACCAAGCAAAAAAGGCCGAAGCCGCGCCAUUCCAUCUCCAAGCCACUGGAGAGCAACUACUUUGGGGUGCCGCUGGUGCAGGUGGUCUCCCCGGACAGGCCCAUCCCCCUCUUCAUCGACAAAUGCAUCCGCUACAUCGAGGCCACAGGGAUGAGUACUGAGGGCAUCUACAGAGUGAGUGGAAAUAAAGCGGAGAUGGAGAGCAUGCAGAGACAGUUUGAUCAGGAUCAUAGCCUGGACCUAGUGGAGAAGGAAUUCACUGUGAACACAGUGGCAGGAGCCAUGAAGAGCUUCUUCUCUGAGCUGCCCGAACCACUGGUGCCCUACAACAUGCAGCUGGACCUGGUUGAGUCUUACAAAAUCAAUGAUCGAGAGCAGCGCUUCCACACCAUGAAGGAUGUUCUUCGCCACUUCCCACGGGAGAACUAUGACGUCUUCAAAUUUGUCAUCAGUCACCUCCACAAGGUGAGCCAGCUGAACCGGGUGAACUUGAUGACCAGUGAGAACCUGUCCAUCUGCUUCUGGCCCACGCUCAUGCGGCCUGACUUCACCACCAUGGACGCGCUGACCGCCACGCGCACCUACCAGACAAUCAUCGAGACCUUCAUCCACCAGUGCGCGUUCUUCUUCUACAAUCAGCCGCUGGCCUCCGACAUCCCCGCCCCCUCCUCCGGCAACAUCAUGGGCAGCGGCAUCGGCAUCAGCCUCGGCGGAACGGCGGGCAUCCCCGGCUCUCCGACGUCCGCCCAGGCGCCCGCGUCCAGUUCCUCCCCCGCCUACUCCUCGUCCACCACGUCCUUUCUCCCGCUGACGCCGCCGGUCAUUCCCGGCUUCACGCCGCCUCAUCAGCUCUUCCAGAUGCAGCAGCAACAACAACAACAACAACAACAACAACAAUAACAAUAAUAACAGUAGUAGGGAGACUCUUGCGUUGAUUCAGACGAGUUUCUCCACCACGUACAUACAGACCCUGUGAGCUAUCUCCUGCACACACAUUCCUGAUCCUUCUCCUGAUCACAGGUGCAGCCACCGCUGAUGUCCGACAGACAGACAGACGCAAACACACUCUCCGAAUUAGACUAACUGGAUCCCGUUCCACUUGAUGCCUGGACACGCCUGAUGCCCUGGGAGCCAAUCGCAUGACAUCAUGGGACAUGCCGCCCCUGAUGUCAGGCCACACCCCUCCUCUCUCUUCCUCCUCUUACUCUCUCCUCCUCCUCUUCUGUGGGCUUCCUCUUCUCCUUUCCUCCCUCCUUCUCUCUUCCUCAGCCAUGAGCCAGAGCCUCCAGGUCAAGCUGGAAGAUUGAUGUUUUUAUAGAGAAGAAGAAAAAAGCAAACAGAUAAAUGAAUGUCUGCAUAAAGUUUCCUCCCAUCUAAGCCACUUCAUUCCUACCAUCUUUCCUUCAUCUCUUUUUUCUGCCUGCAGGCUGGACCAAUGGGGCGGCUCAGUAGAGCAUUCCUUCCUAGUUGCCAUCCAAUCAGUAAAUUGCAAGCUCACAGGAAGCAUCUGCUCCCCUUUUGUUGCAUCUACAGUACGCAUCACUUCCUGCUAUUUGUGCUUCCUACAUCUGGGGUGGGGCUUGUGUUUGUGAUUGACAGGAGCAAGGGCGGCAUUAAGGGCAACUGGAGAUGUUAGGAUGUGGGCUGUUUCUCAGGCUCACUGAGGUGGGAGAGCGCUUCUCUAGAAAAUCUUUUAUUCUAUGGACAAGGCCAAAGUCUUCAAAACAGAAAAUGAAAUGAAAAAUUAAUCCGUCAGUCUCUGUUUUCGAGGAAGAAUGCCAUGUCUGUCUCUGUCUGUCUGUCUGUGUGUGUGUGUGUGUGAUGGAGGGAGAGAUGGCGAGCCAUGCUUUGCUGACGUGACUGGUCUUGUAAGCCGAUAAUGAAGAUGUCAGCUGAACUUUGGUGGCAUUGGUGUGCGUCCUGAUGAAUCGCUGCGUUGGAAGGGGAUGUUUGUCUGAAGCUGAUAAGAGCAGAAGGCAGCAGAGGUCAGCGUGCUCUGGGAAGAGGAAACUAGCAGAGAGAAAGGGAGAGGGAGAGAGAGAGAGGGGAAAAGAGGGAGAAGGUUGGAGCGUAAUUCACCUCUCUUUCUGGCUUGAUGCCGCAGACAGACAGACAGGUAGAUGGGUCCUCCAGGCAGUAAAGCAAAGAGACUGGCAGAUCGACAGACAAGACGGACAGACAGGCAGGAACAUGGGCUGAUAUGUAGAUGGAAUGGCAGACAGGCAGACAGGCAGACAGGCAGGCAGACAGACAGACAGGCAGACAGACAGACAGACAGAGAGACAGAGGAGCUGUGUGUAAUGGGAUUUCAGUGACCGCGCUGACCCCAGCGGACUUGUGAGGAGAAUACCGAGGCCAUGCUGAACUGGCCGUACUGCUGUGCUGUUUGUCUGCAUGGCUGCUGUCCGCUCAGCAGAUCCUCCGCUAAAGCUAAUCGGGCCCAGGAUCUCGUCACAGACCCUACAACCAACACCACUUGGACUCUCCAGCAUGGAAUGUGCUGCGUUUCACUAGUCUUAAUCAUUAAACAGGAGACAGAUAGGAAAGGAUGGACAGACAGACAUAGACAGAGAGAGAGUGUGGAGAAUGUAGCAUGCCUAAGGAGUCUGAAGCCUUUUCGGCUUUUCGGAAUCGAAACCAGCGAGUUAGCAAACCCAUUUUAAAAUGCAGAGUUUCAGCCACAUUCACGAAGGAAGGAGUUUUUUGUGCUGUGAAUUGCUUCAGCUCCUCAGAAGACUUCACCCUUUGGGUUGGUCUGCAUUGUCUUCCUUGUGUGGUGCUGUGCUGCCAUCUGCUGUUGCUUAGCGGAACUGCAGGUUCGUAAGAGAAAGCCACAUUUAAUACAGAGGAAAAACAAAGGAAUUUGGAUUUUUUCAUGUUAGGAAGAUAGUCAAUAUGAACCUGAAUUUGGGAAUACGAUGAAAAUGGGAAUUGAUUUUUUUUGAGAACAGUAAUGAUGGUUGUUGAAUACUUCAAGCAUUUAUUGUUUUGGGACAUGUAUCUGUGGUAAAGUGUAAGCUCAACGCGUAAUCAUGUACUUUCUUUACAAGUACUUUACAUGUAUGUUGCUCCAUAUAUAUAACUCAUUAGCUCUAAACAUGUUGCUCACAUACCAAUACAGGGCAACUGAACUGGACUCUCAAUCCUUGCUCUUGUCAAUCACUUCCCCCUGUGAGCUGUGAUUGGUUGGUAGAAACAGUAACUCUUUCUGAGCAACCUAUCAGGAUGUGAUCUUUCGAUUGGCCUUUUUUCCUGCCUCUCUAGUUUUGUCAGCUUUGUCAUUAAUUUCAUUUUCCUUAAUUCCAUCAGGCUAUCUUUCUUUCUCCAUCUCUCUCUUACUCUCUCUCUCUCUCUGUCUCUCUCGUUCUUUCUGUCUGUGCUUCGGUCUUUGAGAGAGAGGCUGACUGGUAUGUUUUGGGAAAUUGGGCGGGAGUCAGGAGCCUGCUCCUCUGGUACUUUAGCGAUUUCCUUUGAGCAGAACACUGGCCUCGUGGCCUUCUAUGUAUAUCAAUGUGUUUAUAUAGAACCAGACUGUGAGGGGCGGCCAACGACUGUGCAGAGGUAAACAUAAACAAACAGACAAACAAACAAAAACCGCAAGAGUGGAAGAGAGGAAGUCAAAAAAAAUGUAUUAAAGUGAAUAAUGUGACCUUGGUUCAGCGGAUCUCUCCGGCUGAAUCACUCUUUGUUUUCCUUGUUUGUUAUUCUUUCUCUUUUGGUGACAGACUGUCUGUUAAGUUAAAAUGAGAAACAAGCAAAAGUAUAUUCCGGUAAAAAAAAAAUAAAAAAAAUUAAAAGGUUGUUUAUUUGUAUGUUAGGGAGAGGGGGGAGAUCUAACAUGUUGCCCUUUAGUCAGUGGUGAUAGAUAAAAAAAUAAGUAUGUUUUCUUUUAUGUUUUAUUUUUUAAUAAUUAAAAAAAAAACAAAUAAAAUGUUUUUUUUUUUAAAAACAUUUUUGUGAAUGGUGUUAAGGCCACACCCGAUGUAGUGCAUGAAUCGAGUCUGGGAAACGGAGAACGAAUGGAUGGUCUCGCCUUCAGUCUUUGUGCUUAUGAAAGGAUUUUAAAAAAUGAUAUACAUGAAAUAAAGUUACAUGAAACUGCGUAAAAACACAGGAAAAAAUGAAGUAAACAAAAAAAAAAGAGACAUUGACACAAACACACACACACACCCACUCUCUCAUACCGACACAAAUCAUGUUUUUGCGAAGAGUAUGGUCAAGUUUCUCUUUGGGAAAAGUGUGUGUGAGUGUGUGUGUGUGUGUGUGCGCGUGUGUAUGUAUGUGUGUGGAAGAGGUCUGGCCUUACUUCAGUGAGCUGUACCAUAGUUAAUAAAUCAAUCUUGUAAAGUC